AUGUCUGAUUCCGGGGAAGGAUCACAGUGCACUCCCUCGCCGAGCCCAUCGACGGAAAACGAGUCGACGGGACCAGUAUGUACGUCGCCAUGCGAAGACAAGCCGAGUUCCCUCGCAAAGAUCGAAGCCGCGACACCUUCCAAGAAGCGACCAUCAAAAGCCAGUCCCGCAGAUAGCCAGAACCCCAGGCCAGCGAAAAGACGUGCGGCUCGGGCCUGCUUGACAUGCCGGAACCGUAAAGUACGCUGCAAUGUUGUUGAGGGCGGCCUGCCUUGUAACAACUGCAAAUGGGAUCGGGUCGAAUGUGUGGUUAUGGAGAGUCGGCGUCGCAAGAAGAACAUGUUGGCAGGACAAGACGUUCCCAAUGGAGUUGCGGCCGUGGGCGGUGAACUUGGCGCCAGGACUCUCGGUCACCAGCCGAUUCUUUCUAGCCAGCAGCUUGCUGCCCAUGCCAAUGCCUCGCUCAUGGCUGGUUUCCAGAUGAUGAACGGAGCUGGACUCCCUCUUUCCAUGGGAAAUGCCCUGAUGCAGCCACUUUACGCUCAAGCGGCCCAAACCCAAGGACUCUGGAACAGUCCAAGCCUCCCCGAAGCCAGCGCGCGUCUCUGGCAAAAUCCACAGCUGAUGACGACCAUGCCCGGAAACUUCGCCAACCCUUCCGCGACGGUUGUGAACCCACUACCAACUCCUACGUCGAUUUCGACCCCCCCACCACAGCCUUUUCUACAACCAAACCUCCAACCGAAACCCAACCGGACCGUCUCUCCGCAUCUUCCGAACUUCUUCAAGCCUCUCCCGCCCAAGGACGCAGUUGAUGUGCAAUACAUGAUGGCCAAGGGAGCCUUCACGAUCCCGACGCCCGAGGUGCAAAAUGCCAUGCUCAAGGCUUAUGUUGAAUAUGUCCACCCUUACAUGCCGCUUCUGGAACUGCGUCAGUUCCUUACCGCGAUCCAUUCCAACGGCCAAUCGGGCCAAAUUAGCCUGGUCCUCUACCAAGCCGUUAUGUUUGCGGGGUCUAACUUUGUAGACCAAAAAUAUCUGGACGCGGCUGGGCUAGGGAGCCGUAGGAACGCUCGGAAAGAGUUGUUUAUGAGAACUCGGGUUCUGUACGAUUGCGAUGUCGAAAAGGACCGUCUCGAUCUUGUCCAGUCUCUGCUUCUCAUGACCUACUGGUACGAAACACCGGAGGAUCAGAAAGAUACGUGGCACUGGAUCGGAGUUGCGAUUUCAUUGGGACUCACCAUUGGCAUCCACCGCAAUCCGGCCAACUUGGCCAUGCCGCCCGCGCAAAGGAAACUGUGGAAGCGGAUCUGGUGGUGCUGCUUCAUGCGCGACCGCCUGAUUGCGCUAGGCAUGCGCCGGCCGACCCGCAUCAAGGACGAGGACUUUGACGUGCCCAUGUUGGAGGAAUCCGACUUCGAGAUCGUGGAGCUUCCGGCAGAUAACCAACUGCUUGGUCCCAACUGCGCUGUUGUUAGAAAUGUUGCGACGCAGAGACAGCUUGCCCGGUUGUGCAUCCAGAAGGCACGCAUUUGCGUUGGUAUCAGCCACAUGAUCAAGACCCAAUACACGGUCCUCAACCACGACGGUGGUCUUCCAGCUGGUCAAACCACGUCCAGCACCACCAUGCUGUUCCCGAACAAGAGCCUGAACAACAUCCAGGAGGUCCAGAAGGUGGAUCAGAUGCUGGAGAGCUGGCGUUUGCAGCUGCCUGAGGACUGCCAAUACAGGCCACUCCUGACCGAGGCCCUUGCUGAGGAGGACAAGCCGGUAGCUGUCCACCGUACUCUCCUCCACAUGGUCUACCACACCACCGUCUCGGCUCUCCACAGGCCGCACUACUUGACCAUGGAGCAGGCCGCUACUCAAUCCGCUCAGACCAGCAUGAUUGCCCAGCAGGCUCGGAGCAAGGUGCACCACGCGGCUACUAUGGUGACGAGAAUGGCGGAAGAUCUUUUGCGCCACGGACUGGCCAAGUAUCUGCCCACCACGGCUGUGACCGUGACACUGCCAGCCAUGACGGUUCACCUGCUUCAUAGCCGAUCUCCGGAUCCUGAGCUCAGCCAGCAAGCACGCCGGGACUUUGAGGUGUGCGCAAAGCUGCUGCUCCAGCUGCGGGGCAUGUACGCAGCGGCCGAGUUCGCACACGGAUUCUUGAUGGGGGUUGAGGCUCGUCACAAGGCCACCGCUAUCAGCCCUCAGGGUCCUCAGGGCCCUCAGGCAGCUACGGUAAACCUCGGCCCUCAGAUCCAGCUGGGACCGCAGAAGGAGCCAACACCGCCACCUGAGACCAGCUCAUCUUUCCAGCCGGCCAAUACCCCCUUUUAUCGUCCUCCCCAGGUAGAUGCCAUGGUGUCGGGGGUAGGGCACGGCCCGGGCGCUUUGGUCCUGGUGAACGUGGACAGUGGCGGCAGCACACCACCGCAAACUGACGUUGAGGACAUGUCAUCGGCAGGUUUGACCCCUCCGGUAGACAAGACCGCAUAUGAGGCGAUCCAGACCACCGCCAUGGACUGUGACACCAACGACCCAAUGGCCAACUAUUUCGACGAUGCCUUUGGUAGCAUCCUCGACCCCGAGGCCGUGGACGGCGAUUUCAUGGAAGCGUUUACCAUGAGCCACGAGAACGACGACGAGUGGAUGUUUGAUGGACCUUGCAACACCAACCCGGCCCCCGCGGCUGUUUGCUGA